AUGGAUUGGAUUUCAAAGGGUUUCCUAAUUUUAUUAGUUAUUUUAGUUACUUAUUUGUAUAAUCUUUCACAAAAAGUGCCUGAUCUUCCCGAAUUUGAAGACACGUGGUGGGGUGUAGGGAAAGAACAGUACAAUGAAGAAUCGGAUAUUACACCAUUUAAAAUUAGUUUAAAUGAUAAGGACUUACACAAACAAUUAUCUUCAUAUAAAAUCACGCAAUCUCUGGAUGGUACAAACCAUGAGUACGGAAUCAACACAAACCUGUUGGAAGACAUCAUCGAGCACUGGCAUAAAGAUUACAACUGGACGCAGAGGAAGAAAUACCUCAACAAAUUUCCUCAAUUCACAGUCAAAGUGCAGGGUUUAAAAAUCCAUUUUAUCCGCCUAAGCCCAAAAAUAGACCCGACGCGCCCACCGCCCAGCGUAUUACCUUUGAUGCUGCUGCACGGCUGGCCCAGUUCCGUCAGGGAGUUCUACGAUGUUAUACCUCUCUUAAACCAGCACAAACCCGGUGUAAACUUUGUGUUCGAUAUUAUCGUCCCAUCCCUGCCAAAUUCCGGUUUCUCCGAUGCCACGAGAAAACCAGGGUUGGGCUUGAUUGAACACUCGGUACUACUGAAGAACUUCAUGUUGAAGUUGGGUUUUCCGAAGUUCUACGUACACGGUGGUGACUGGGGGGCUGCAAUAGCUCAGACCAUAGCCACCUUAUACCCUGAUCAUUUAUUCGGUAUACAUUCCACGCGCUGUCUUGUGAAUCGGUAUUCCGAUUUUAAGAUUAUGAUGUUCAGCUUGGUGCCUUCUUUGAUAAUAGCGAAAGAGAAGACGCACAAGUUGUAUCCUGUUUUGGAUAAGGUUAAGUUUUUGUUGAGCAACUUCGGGUACUUGCACAUGCAAGCCCACAAACCUGACGCAAUAGGGGUGGCUUUAAACGACUCCCCUGUGGGUUUGGCAGCGUAUAUACUCGAUAAAUUUAUAGAAAGUUCAGAUGUUAUGCUUAAAGAUGGUGGUUUGAAAAAUUCGUACAAAUUUGACGCUUUAAUAGACAAUUUAAUGAUAUACUGGGUAACUGGAAAAAUUACGAACUCCAUGAGAAUAUUUGCUGAAACUUUCAAUAAAAGAAACUUUGACUAUCAGUUGGAUUUAAUACCAACCGAGGUACCUACAGCUUGCACGAGAUUCACCCAGGACAUCUUCUACUAUCCCGAAACGAUUUUAAUGGAUAAGUUCUUCAAAUUAGUCCACAUAAAUGAUCUGGACGUAGGCCAUUUUCCCGGCUACGAAAAUCCUGAACUUCUGGCGCAGGAAAUAUGGAAGGCAAUAAAUAGAAUAGAGGAAGUACUUAGAGUGGAAGAGAUAUACCACGUUCACUUACUGAAAAAAAUCACCUGGCUGGGGCCAUCCGAUAGGGAACAUUGGCUAGCCGAAAAAUAG